UACCGUACAACUUUUUUUGCUGAGAGCCACUCACGCCAGUUCUCUCCUCCACGAACUCCGAACCCAUCGGACGAGGUGACCUCACACACUUUGCUGGCCGAAAUUUCCUACGGUCACUUCUUUUCGUGUCGUGAACCAGGUGUUCCAUAUUUAACAUUCCUUUGACGGGAUUAGACGACCUGAAAAGAUCGCGGGCAUCCAGCCGGAGAUAAACAAGAUUCCUCCGCCAGAAACGACUCGAACCUUGAAACAAUAGCGAGUCAAAAUGGCGCCCAAGAAGAAAGGAGGCAACAAGAAGGGCGGCGACGACUGGGAGGCCGAGCUCGGCGAGAGCAUCGCCCCAGCCAACGCCACUGAAACCCCCGCCGCCGACGCCCCCGCCGAAGACGACGAGGCUUCCGCCGGUGGUGGUGGUCUCAUGAACCUGAUUCGCAAGAACAGGGAGAAGCGCAAGAAGAAGGGCUUCGUCGACGAAACUGCCGAUGACGACAAUGCCGCUACCGCCGACGCACUACCCGAGACCCUCACCCUGCCGGACCUCUCCGCCAAGCAGGCCGAGGAGGCGAACCUCGAGGACGAGUUUGCGCUGCCGGACAAGAAGGGCAAGGGCGGCAAGGGAAAGCAGCAGAAUCAGAAGGCGGCCGCGAAUGAUGAGGAGGGAGACGGGUCAGGGAGGGUGUUGACCAAGGCGGAGAAGGAGAAGCUGAAGAAGGAGAGGGAGAAGCAGCGGAAGAAGGAGCAGGCUGCCAAGAAGAAGGCCACUGGCCCAGCGAAGGCCGAGCCCGCGAAGGCCGCCGUCGAGGAGAAGAAGGCCGAGGCUCCCGCCGCCGCUCCCGCCGCCGAGACGGGUGGCAAGAAGAAGAAGCUCCCUCCCCACCUACUAGCCCUCCAGAAGCAGCAGGAGGAGCUCCGACGCCAGCAAGAGGAAGCAGAACGCCUGCGUGCUGAAGAAAAGGCCAGGAUAGAGGAGGAGUCGCGGCGCGAUGCCGAGGAGAUGAAGCGGAGGGAGGAGGAGAGGGCGCGCAAGAAGCAGAAGGAGAAGGAGCGCAUCGAUCAGCUCAAGCGCGAGGGCAAGUACAUGACCAAGGCCCAGAAGGAGGAGAAGGCCCGCAACGAGCGCAAGCUGCAGCAGAUGAUUGCGGCCGGCAUCAAGGUUGGCGGCCUCGAGGAGGGCGAGGAGGAGAAGGAGAAGGAGAAAGAGAAGGAAAAGAAGAAGGCGGAUGCGAGGAAGCGUGGCGGGCGGACGAAGGUUGACGAAGACAAAAUCCUGGAAGAGGCCGCUGAGCGUGCGAGGUUGCAGGCCGAGGCCGCCGCUAAGGAGGCUGAGGAGAAGGCUCGCCUCGAGCGGGAAGCUGCCGAGGCCGAGGCUGCCGCUAAGGCCGAAGCCGCCGCCGAGGAGAGCGUGGACGAGGACUGGGAGGCAGCUGCCGAGUCGGAGAAGGAGGACGUCAAAGACAGCUGGGAUGCCGAUACCGAGGACGAAGCCGAGAAAGCCGAAGCUGGCACUAAGGCAAAGGCUUUGCCCUCUCGACCAAAGCCCACAGACGAGUCGGAAGAGGAAGGAAGAAGGAAGCGGGCCGAACGCCGCGAGAAGGCUCACCAGGCCGCCCUGGCUGCGCGGUCAAAGGACAACCUGCGCUCGCCCAUCUGCGUCAUUCUUGGGCACGUCGAUACCGGCAAGACAAAGCUGCUUGACAAGAUUCGCCAGACCAACGUCCAAGAAGGCGAAGCCGGAGGUAUCACUCAGCAGAUUGGUGCCACUUAUUUCCCCGUCGAGGCCAUCAAGCAGAAGACGGCCGUUGUCAACGCCGAUGGCAAGUUCGAUUUCAAGGUGCCCGGUCUCCUGGUUAUCGAUACCCCCGGGCACGAGUCUUUCUCUAACCUGCGGUCUCGUGGUUCUUCGCUCUGCAACAUCGCCAUCCUGGUCGUCGAUAUCAUGCACGGUCUCGAGCCGCAAACACUCGAGUCGAUGAGAAUGCUGCGUGAGCGCAAGACACCCUUCAUUGUUGCCCUCAACAAGAUCGAUCGUCUUUACGGCUGGAAGAAGAUCGAUAACAACGGCUUCCAGGAGUCGUUGGCGCUGCAGAACAAGGCUGUACAGAACGAGUUCAAGAACCGCCUUGAGCAGACCAAGCUGGCUUUUGCCGAGCAGGGUUUCAACUCGGAGCUGUUCUACGAGAACAAGUCGAUGGCUAAGUUUGUGUCGUUGGUGCCCACCUCCGCCCAUACCGGCGAGGGUAUCCCCGACAUGCUCAAGCUCAUCAUUCACCUCACCCAAGAGAGGAUGGUGGGUUCGCUCAUGUAUCUGUCCGAAGUGCAGGCCACCGUCCUCGAAGUCAAGGCUAUCGAGGGUUUCGGCAUGACCAUCGAUGUCAUCCUGUCAAACGGUAUCCUUCGGGAAGGUGACCGCAUCAUCCUCUGCGGUACAGAAGGCGUCAUCAAGACGAACAUCAGGGCGCUGCUCACCCCUGCACCGCUCAAGGAACUCCGUCUCAAGUCGCAGUACGUGCACAACAAGGAGGUCAAGGCCGCGUUGGGUGUCAAGAUCAGCGCCCCGGGGCUCGAGGGUGCCAUCGCCGGUUCCCGGCUGCUCGUCCUCGGUCCUGAUGACGACGAGUCAGAUCUCGAGGACGAGGUUGAGUCCGAUCUCGCCAGCCUAUUCAGUCGAGUCGAGAAGUCCGGCCGUGGUGUCAGUGUACAGGCGUCGACGCUCGGUUCUCUCGAAGCCCUGCUGGACUUCCUUAAGAGCUGCAAGAUUCCCGUCGCCAACGUCGGCAUUGGGCCGGUCUUCAAACGCGACGUCAUGCAGUGCGGUACCAUGUUAGAGAAGGCCCCUGACUUUGCGGUCAUGCUCUGCUUCGAUGUCAAGGUCGACAAGGAAGCGCAGGCGUACGCCGAGGAACAGGGCAUCAAGAUCUUCACCGCGGACAUCAUCUACCACCUCUUCGACGCCUUCACGAAGCACAUCAACGAGCAGAACGAAAAGAAGAAGGAGGAGUCCAAGAUGCUGGCCGUCUUCCCCUGUGUGCUCAGUCCCGUGGCCGUGUUCAACAAGACCAGCCCUAUCGUCAUCGGUGUCGACGUCAUCGAGGGCUCCCUCAGGCUCAACACGCCCAUUUCCGUCAUCAAGCCGAACCCCACAACAGGCCUCAAGGAAAUCAUCAACCUCGGCAGAGUCACCUCCAUCGAGCGUGAGCACAAGCAGGUGCCCGUGUGCAAGAAGGGCCAGCCGUCGGUGGCGGUCAAGAUCGAGAUGGGCGGCCACCAGCCGACCUACGGCCGCCACCUCGAGGAGAAGGACAUGCUCUACUCGCAGAUCUCGCGCGCUAGCAUCGACUGCCUCAAGCAGUUCUACCGCGCCGACGUCACCAACGACGAGUGGCAGCUCAUCAUCAAGCUCAAGCCCAUGUUCGAUAUCCCGUAAGCUGGGUUGGGUUGGGGUGGAGGGUGUAGGGUUGUUGGUAGGGGAGGGGUAGUUAGUUACCUAGUCGUCGAGGCGUGGUUGGUUGGUUGGUUGAUGAUAGGUAGGUAGGUAAGUAGGGGGAGGGGAGGGGACAAAAAGGAGGAACAAAAAGCAGGGGAAUUUGUUUCCAGACUUUUUUGUCUGUUGUGGAGGAUAGGUAUGUGGUGCUAAAGUUUACCUCACUCUUAUUGCUGUACCAUCUUAGGCCCCAUGCAUUGCAUCAAUACAGCUAUGUCUUUGCCG